CUGCUGUGGUCAGUGCCUGGUCGGGCAGUGCCAAGUCGAGUCAGAGCCUCAGCGUUCAUCAUGGCACCUUUGGAGAUAAUGUGGCGGUUACUGUGCUUAUUCCUUUUUGGAAUAUUAUUUCAAAUGAAAACAAAUUUGUUUGCCGCAGCGGAAUGGAACACGAAAGACUACAUGAAGAAAGAGCAUUCACUGGUAAAACCAUACCAAGGGGCAGGUAUGACUAUUCCAAAUUGGGAUUUUUUAGGUCACACAAUGGUGACCAGUUCAUAUAUUCGACUAACACCCGAUCAGCAAAGUGCAAAGGGUGCAAUAUGGAACAAUGUGCCUUGCAAGUCCAAAAACUGGGAAAUGCAUGUGCACUUCAAAGUCCAUGGCACUGGAAAGGAGCUGUAUGGUGAUGGUUUUGCCGUGUGGUAUGCAAGAGAAGCUUUGGAAUUGGGACCAGUAUUUGGCAGCAAAGAUCAGUUUUCCGGUCUGGGAAUAUUUUUUGACACCUAUGCCAACCAAAAUGGCCCACAUAAUCAUGGUCACCCCUACAUUUCUGCAAUGGUCAACAAUGGAUCAUUGUCGUAUGACCAUGACCGGGAUGGCACCCACACUGAACUGGCUGGGUGUGAGGCCAAAUUUAGAAAUGUUGAUCAUGAUACUCAUGUUGUCAUCCGCUAUGAAAAUGACAUUCUGACAGUGGCAACCGACAUAGAAGGAAAAAAUGCUUGGAAGGAAUGCUUCACUGUGAAGGGUGUUCAGCUGCCAACACAUUAUUAUUUUGGGGCAUCUGCAGUCACUGGAGAUCUUUCAGAUAACCAUGAUAUUAUUUCCAUGAAGCUGUACGAGAUUGAUGUUUCGAGUGAGAAACAGGGUGAAGUUGAAGACAGGUCAAAGAUUGUGCCUGCUGCAUCAUUUUUUGCACCACCAAGAGACCAUGUGGAUGACCCGCCACCUGCCCUGUCUGGAACCAAGCUCUUCCUCAUCGUGCUGUGUUCUAUCCUUGGGCUUGUCUUGUGUGUCAUAGCAGGCUUUGUGCUCUUCCAGAAGCAACAGGAAACUUCCAGAAAGAGGUUCUACUGAUCACAAGGUUGCUGCCAAUAUGAAAUUCAUUCGGGGGAAAGGGUCAUCAUUAGUCAGAGUAGAGGCCUCACCAUUCAUUCAUUUUUUCCAUAGUGGCAUCCAUUUUCUUAUUACUUUUACACAUUGUGAUGCCAACGUUGAGGAUGUCUUCAUUGCUAUCAUGAGUGGUUGCAAGACUAUGGGUGUGAAUGGGAAAAUGCGAUGUUACUGCUGCUUUCUAUAGAAGUGGCUGUGAUUUACAGAAUGCAUUGGCAUAUACCAAGCCAGGUUUCAUUCAUCACAUGGGACUGCUGCGUCUUGCUACGCUCAAGAACAUACGGGCAUUGUUAUGGGCAUGAUCAAGUGUUUUUCACGAAGAUGUGAUGUGAAUAAAAUCUGGAACUUUUA